CCGUGACCUUAUGCUGACUCGCAACCAUGUCAUUCGCACGAGUCAGCUAUCGAGAGCAUCACUAGUACUAUACCCCCACGUCCAAUUCACUACAACACCCCGUCGCACAAUGGGCAAGAACAACAAGAAGUCAAAAUUCAAUAGUACACCUGCUGAGACCUACCUCCGCCUUCCACCACUCGCAAAUUCCUCCCUUGCCUCCCAGCCCAUCAUCGACACGCACACUCACCUCGUGUCGACCUUCUCAACCUAUCGGAGCAAGUACAAGGACGGGACAAUUUACACCAUCCAUGACUUCGUGCGUGAGAUGUACCGCGAUCGGAACGUGAGGGCCAUCGUAGACGUGUGGUGUGAGGCACCUGUCUUGCAGAUGUGGAAGGAGCUCGCGGACUCUGCACUGACUGCAGAGGACCGGGAACAGAAGUGGGGAGGUGUAGAUUAUUGGUUUGUGAUGGGCGUUCACCCGCAUAAUGCGAAGUCGUACAACGACUCAGUCGAGGCGUCAAUUCUUGAAGCAAUGGCCCACCCACGAUGCGUAGGCUGGGGAGAGAUGGGUCUUGAUUACCACUACGACAACUCCCCUCGCGAAAUUCAGCAACAGGUCUUCAUCCGGCAGCUGAAGCAUGCCGUCAGGCUAGGCAAGCCGCUCACGAUCCAUACGCGUGAAGCAGAGGCGGACACGGAGAGGAUUCUCAAGGAGCACGUCCCUGCCGAUCACAAGAUACAUAUACAUUGCUUCACAGACUCGCCAGAGUUCGCACAGCGACUGCUGCAGCAUUUUUCUCAUUUGUACAUCGGAAUCACUGGUGUCAUCACGUAUUCGACGAAUCUGAAUACUUCAAAUAUUGUCAGGCUUAUGGCCGCGAGCGAUAGUGGGCCGCGCAUACUACUGGAAACAGAUGCGCCCUUCAUGGUCCCAUCUAACCUCUACAACUCUAUACCAGAAAUAAAGGGUAGCAGGUUGCCCUUGUGUCACACUGGUAUGAUCCCGUGGGUUGCAGAGUACACCGCAGGAAAAGCUGGGCAUCCAUGGAAUGGCGCAGAUAUUAUGAAGCGCGCUAAUGAGAAUGCAAAGACGGUAUAUGGUAUCCAAUAGAACCAUUGUAUAUCUUGACUAGAUUUCAUCAGCCACGGAGCACUAAUGCUACACAUUGAACGUGAAGGU